AGUCCCGCCGGGAAGGAUCGUUCUCCAGUAUAGUUCGGUCUCGCGUUUCCCACCGCGGCGUGGUCGAGCGUGGUGUAGUAGUAGUAGUGAGUCGCCAGUUUAAUGAGUGUUUUUGGUUCGGUAGUGAUGUGUCGUGCGAACAUGGGUGAGUAGUGCGGGAUUCAGUGGUGCGGCUUUUGAAGCGAGUAUAUUAUCAUUUGGAUCACUAGCGUUGCUUUCUUAAACGUGAAACCGUGUUUUCCGGUCGUGUGCCACGCAUGCCACGAUGGCUCUCAGCCAAACCAGCGUGCUGAAAUUAUACCAUACUGUGAUAGAAGAUGUAAUAGCAGGAGUACGAGAGACAUUUAUGGAUGAGGGCGUGGAUGAACAAGUUUUGCAAGAGUUGAAGCAAAUAUGGGAAGCGAAAUUGAUGGCCAGCAAGGCUGUGGAACUGAAUCCGGAUCCACCAGAGCCACAAGUUCCACAAAUCAAUACACACAAAGCUGUAUCUGUUAAUAAAGCUAACGUAGGAAAUCAUUUUGUACAAUCAUCUGCUGGAAAUGUAGUGCCGCAAACGCAACCUCAGCAACAGUUACAACACCAGCAGUCGCAGCAGCAACAGUCGCAGUCGCAACAAUCGCAACAACCAUCGUCGCAACCUCAGCAACACACACAUCCUACGGGAACUGCAUUGCAGCAGCCGCAGCAGCAGCAACAACAGCAGCAGCAGCAGCAGGCACCGGUGCAACAAGUGGUGACUUCAGCUGUACUUGACCGACAAGUGCCCAUACAAAUCACUUUACCUCCCCAAGCUGGUGUUCCGGAUGCACCGCAACGAAUUUUAAGCAUACAAGUUCCUGCUUCGGCUCUCCAAAGCAGCCAGUUGCACACAAUCUUAACAGGCCCAGUAAUUUCCGCUGCUAUGGGGCUUCCAGCAAAUUUAGCUUCAACUCUAUUGCAGCAACAUGUAAAUUCUACGUUGCAAGGGCAAGCGGCAUUGGCUCCAUUGCAAGUGAAUCAACCUAUUCAAGUGGUCACGCAGAGUUCGAACAUUGUCACGCAGAGACCACCUCAAAAUCAACAACAGCAAAACAAUAUAAAUCAGUUAGACGGAGGAGUAGGCGAUUCUACCGAUGACGACGAUGACGAAGAGGAGGAAGAUAAUGAUGAUGACGAUGAAGAUCUUGAUGACAAAGAAGAGGAAGAGAAUGACGAAGCAGCAGCUCACGAAGAGGAACCCUUGAAUUCUGAAGAUGACGUCACGGAUGACGACCCGACUGACCUCUUCGAUACCGACAAUGUAGUUGUUUGUCAAUAUGAUAAGAUCACAAGGAGUCGAAAUAAAUGGAAAUUUUAUCUGAAAGACGGUAUAAUGAAUCUAAGUGGGAAAGAUUAUGUGUUCCAAAAAGCGAAUGGGGAUGCUGAAUGGUAAUUUUGCAUGUGGAAUGUGAAUAUCAUGUCCGCAAUAAUCUUGAGGACGCCACGUGGUAACUUGAUUACGUGUUCACACGGUCAAUAUGAGAAGCAUUGGCGAUUUCGGCGAUAUCUUUUUAUUCGAUUCCGAUAAUGUUAUUGUACGGCGAUACAGGGGAACAAAGCGAGUUAUGUAAUCAUAAAUAUCACAUUGUAAAUUACUUCUUUUAAUCUUGCAUCAACGUAACAACGUUGCAUAACAAACGUUGGUUUCUGGAGAGAUGCCAAACAUUAGAAUGCUGAUUUCAUGAAGCACCUUUUAUCGAAAUCGAAAAUUGAUCGUAGGAAUUUUGUUUCACUCAAUUUCUUUUAUUUCUUUCAUGCUUACGUUAGUACCUCGUUGCCAAUAUAUUCUGACAAUAUAUUUUAAAUAGUUCUGUCGCUUUAUUAAAAAUAAUUUACCUUCCAAAACUCAACAAGUGACUUUAAAGUAGGUGGCUGAGAGAAUUAAUACAUUCUCUUUUUAUGUGAUGCAGAUUACGCAGUAUAAAAAUAUUUAUGCAAAAGUCUUUUAUUGUUAAGCAUAGUGUACUGGAAAUUGCUUCUUUAUAGUCGUCGAGAUUUAUCCGGAAGAGGGAUAAUAAGUUAAUUUUUUUCCUAGUGAGUGUUAUUUACAGUGAAAGUGUGAUAUACUGAUUAAUAUCUUAUAUAUCUUGGGUUAUGUAAAGGAUUACUGCAUCACGAAUGAUGAUUGCGAAGUUUAUAAUUUAUAUCACACAUACACACACCAAAUUCUUGAUUAUCAACUUUUUUAUGUGAAAAAAUAUGAAAAAUUGAAUCGAGAAGAAAUAAAAUAUCACACAUUUCUAAUGUUUUAAUGGUGUAUGUAUUUAACAGCGUUUCAGUUGUAAAGUUCUAAGGUAUUGCAAAACUGUUAUUUAUACAUUUGACGCUUUGAAGCAAUAAAUGUGUCUUAUAUUGCUAGCAUAAACAGAUUCAUUUGUCAUCGAGAAACGGAAGAUUGCUUACAAUUUAAAGAAUCAUUUGUAGGAUGUCCCAUUUAAGACGUUCAAAUCAUUCAGUAAAUACUAAAGAUUGUUUUGUAUGUUUUGAGUUGAGCUCAUAAAAAUUAGAUUUAUUGACUUAGACUGUGCUGACAAUCGCGUGUCACAUGUGUCGUAACAUUUAAACGACAGUAGCGCAGCGAACGUAUAGGUUCAAAGAAUUGUUUUUAAAUUAUUAUUUGUGAGCGAAGAUAUAAAACUCUUUUCCUUUUAUUAGGGUUAAUAUUUACUUUUUAGUUAGCAAGAUCAUUGGAGAGUGAUGAUGUAUAAAGAAAUUUUUGCAAUACAAAGUUAUGAUAGAAUUAUAAACACCAAAACCACGAAAAUAGUGUGCAACUUUUAUAUGGUUUUGCGUGAAACAUAUUUCGGAAAUAUUUCAUAAGUUGAUAUCGAUAUAAUGUGUUGAACAAAUAUGCUUUUAUUAAUUAUGCUAGCAUUUAUAUUGUUAAAUAAAUUAGAUAUUACUUUGACUUCUAAAGUUACCAAAACCAAAACUUUAUAAAAGUUGUGGUCGUCAAAAUCGUAUAUUUUAGAAAAAAAAACAAUUAUAAUUUUUAUUUGCAAAAUAUUGUAUUUACAUUACAUUUGCCGUAUGCCUUAUAUCCCUAGUUUUAUUUACAAAUGAAACUUCUUGAAAUUUGUAAAAUAAUAAGUGUUUAACAAGAAGAAUAUUCAACAUUUCAAA